GGAUGAGUGCUGAAGCGGCAGACCGCGUGGCGGCCGUGACCACCAGUCGGCCCAACACGCCGCCGCAGAGUUCCUGGUUCGAGUUCCUGCUGGACGGCAGCCUGCUGGAGAAACACCUGCAGAAAUCACAUCCUGACCCGGCGCCGGUCCAGCUGAUCAUCCAGUUCCUGGAGCAGGCGUCCAAGCCGUCGGUAAAUGAGCAGAACCAGGUGCAGCCGCCUGUAGACAACCGCAGGAACCGGACCCUGAAGCUGCUGGCGCUGAAGGUGGCUGCGCACAUGAAAUGGGACCUGGAUUUACUAGAGAAGGGCUUGACCAUCCCGGUGCUGAACAUGCUCCUGAACGAGCUCCUGUGUGUGAGCAAAGUGCCGCCCGGGGUGAAGCACGUGGACCUGGACCUGUCUACCCUCCCGCCCACCACGGCCAUGGCCGUCAUCAUCUACAACCGCUGGGCCAUCCGAACGAUCGUGCUGAGCAGCUUUCCGGAGAAACAGAACAAGCCAGGACCUCACCAGAUGAACAUGUUGAGCAUCGUGCAGCAGGAGAAGGAAAUGACUGAGAACAUCCUCACCGUGCUGAAGGAGCAGGCGGCCGACUCCAUCCACGUGCUGGAGGGAGCUCUGCAGCUGAAGAAGGACUUCUACGUUCACACCCUGAGGACGCUGGACCUGCUGGCUGCCGACACGGCGGCCAACGGAGAGACGGAGUCGUCCACCGCCGGGCUGUGCAUCAGCGCCGACGAGCUGCACUGUCAGGUUCACUAUGAUCUGGGAGGAAUCUUCUUCCAUCAAGGCUCCACGGACCAGUCGGCCUACGAGAAAGCCCAGGGUCACUUCAGACAGACCAAGGAGCUGCUGAAGAAGCUGCUCGCCAGCCUCCACGUUCACCUGGACGAGAAGCGGCUGGCCGGCUACUGGAACGCCUGCAAGGCUUUGACCGGGGACUGUGACCCGGCCGACCCUCAGAUAACGCCCUACAACCAAAUCAACAGCCUGAUCCGGACGCAGAACCACCACGCCAUCGUUGAAGCAUUCAUCAAAGACAACACGUCCCGAACUUUACCAAACCACUUCAGACGGUCUAUUCUCAGGGAGUUCCUGUACCGAGUCCAGCAAGGGGAGACCAACCUGGACGAGUUCUGUCACAAGCUGUGCAUCUGCAACGCCAUCCGAGACGCUCUGGAGGGAGACGUCCUCAGCGUUCGUUUCCAGCAGCUGCUGCCCAAACCCAGCAAACGUUCGGUGGACUUCCUUUUAGAGGUUUGCACCCGCUCUCUGGACAGAGACCGUCCGUCUGAGGUGUCCAGAAGAAACAUGGCCAACUUCAUCAAGACCCUGUGUGAAACUCUGGAGGAGCUGCAUCUGGUCUUCAUCGUGACGUCUCACAAGCUCUUCCUGGAGCUGCUGAAGGAGGACGAGCGGAAGUGUCUGCUGGAGCAGAUGAGGAAGAGGUCGUCCACCAUCAACCUCAGCGCCAAGCCCCUGCCCUCCUUCUACGACAUCCCAGCCUCGGCCAGCGUGAACAUCGGCCAGCUGGAGCAGCAGCUCAUCCUGUCGCUGGACCCCCGCCGGAUCCGGCAGAUCCUCAUCGAACUCCACGGCAUCGCGGAGCGGCCGUUCUGGAGGGUCAACAGCAAGUGGGAGGUUCCUCCGGACUACAUUAACGUGAUCCUGGGCAUCAAAGACAACCUGACCAAGGACCUGGUCUACAUCCUCAUGGCCAAAGGGCUCCACUGCAUUUCAAUAAAGGACUUCGUUCACGCGCGGCAGCUCUUCUCCGCCUGCCUGGAGCUGGUCACAGAGUUCUCCCCGAAGCUGAGGCAGGUGAUGCUGAACGAGAUGCUGCUGCUGGACAUCCGGGCCCACGAGGCCUUGGCCGCCGAGGGCAGCAAGGAGCGGCCGCCGCCCGACCUGGUCAGCCGCGUCAGAGGAUACCUGGAGAUGAGGAUUCACGAUCUGCCGCUGCGUCAGGUGGUCGGGGAGGAGGGCGUCGCCUUCAUGUUGAACUGGAGGGAGAACGACUACCUGACUCUGCAGGUGCCGCCGUCGCUGGUCAUGAACAACCCUUACAUCAAGCUCGGCCAGCUCCUGGCCUCCACCUGCAAGGAGCUCCCAGGUCCUAAAGAGAGUCGGCGUAUGGCCAAGGAGCUGUGGGACGUGGUGGUUCAGAUCUGCAGCGUCUCCAUCCAGCACAAGAGGAACAACGACGGCCGGGUGGGACUGAUCAAACACAGGGAGUCCUCCCUGGGCAUCAUGCCCCGGAACAAAUUUAUUACAUUUGUCAAGAAGCUUCGAGAGCCGCUGGUUUUGACGACACUCACCUCCCUGUUUGUGAGACUCCACAGCUUAGUGCGGGACGACAUUGUAAAUGAAGUAACAGCAGAGCACCUUUCCAUCUGGCCGUCUUCUCUCCCCAACAUCCAGGCGGUGGACGUGGAGGCCGUGGCCGUGACUGUGAAGGAGCUGGUGUCCUACUCUCUCACGCUGAACCCCAACAACCAGUCGUGGCUCAUCACGCAGGCCGACAUCUACUUCGUGACCAACCAGUACUGCGCAGCGCUCAACUUCUACCUCCAGGCCGGCGCCGUCUGCUCAGACUUCUUCACCAAGGCUGUUCCUCCUGACACCUACACGGAUCAGGUUCUCAAGAGGAUGAUCAAGUGCUGUUCCAUGAUGAACUGUCACACGCAGGUCGCCGUUUUGUGCCAGUUCCUGAGAGAAGUGGACUACAUGACGGCGUUCAAAGCUCUCCAGGAGCAGAACAGCCACGACGCCAUGGACUCGUUUUACGACUACAUCUGGGACAUCACCAUCCUGGAAUACCUGACUCAUAUUCACCACAAACGCGGCGAGGCAGAGAAGAGGCAGAUCGCGAUGAAGGCCAUCGGACAGACGGAGCUGAACACCAGCAACCCGGAGGAAGUGCUGCAGCUGGCUGCACAGAAGAGGAAGAAGAGGUUCCUGCAGGCCAUGGCCAAACUCUACUUCUAGAGGACGAUCAGACCGGCGG